AUGCACCGCAAAACACCCAUCAGCGUGCUGGUCUACAACAACCUCUUUCCGACGCCCUCCCCCACAGACCCACCGUCCUUCAGCGCACACCUCUCCAAGAACCUCGUAGGCGAAGUGCGCAUCGAAACCGCAAACUUCUACGGCUCGCUCGACACAAUCGAAGCGCGAUACCCCGGGUUAAACUACGCCCACGGGCCGCACCGCAAGCGUCUGGGCCGGUUCCAGCACCACGCCCGCCUGUUCGCCGCCUUCGACUCGCUGGGGCUCACAAACUCUGAGAUCCAGGCCUUCUGCCGCUGGGAGGGCACGCUGUGGGCGCGCGAGCGCUACGAGCGCGACGAAGGCGUCCGCGUCACGGACACGACCGGCACAGAGAUCAGCGACUGGGUCGACCGGCGCAAGACGUCUGCGUCGCUGUCGCCCGCCCCGCGCCCAAACAGCAUAAACGUCAAGACAGACAUCGAGGUCGAGAUCGAACAAGUCCCCGGUCGCGACACAGCCAUGUCUGACCGCGGCGAUGUCGUCAACGCAAACGCAAAUGUCAACGCAGAAGACGAAGAUGACCACGACGAAAUCGAGGCCAGCGUCGGCUUCUCGCUCAACGCCCGCUUGCUGCACGCUGCUGCGCUGCGCUCGCAGGGCCACGCAAACAUCACCAUGGAUCCAGAGUGGGAACAGUACCUCAAGGAGGCGCAGGAGAGAGGCGAGCUCAACAUCGACGCAACGCGCGACACGCUGCGCACCAUGGCUGACCGCCUCACGCAAAUGGGGUCCGGCGUCAGCGUCGGGAACGGAGCAAGCGCCGUCGAGACACCCCCCACUGCACCUGCGCAUGCGCCGGCCUAG